AGUUUUAAAUCGAAAUUGUUUUGAAGCAGAAGUGAAACUAUGGACGAUAAAAAUAUUUUAAUCAACACUGGUGAAAUCAAAGGUGAUCCAGAAUGUCAUCCAGGUCCCCACGCCCAUCCACAUCAUCAUAGAUGUCAUCCAGACAACCAUGGUUGGCACCCACAUCAUCAUGGAAGACAUCACAGACGUCAUAUGAUGGCUUGUGGUAUGGUCAUGUUCUUAAUUAUCCUUUCUGUUGGAUUCUUCGGAUCUUUGGGUUUUCAUCAGAAGAACGCUUUAAUGCACCAUAACGCAAUCGUUAACAGUUCUAUAAUGAUUAACAUCAUUGUGAACGGAAAGAACAAAACCAAUGAAUUUGAUUCAAUUUGGGAUUAUAUUCCAUUGAUAACGGUUGAUAACGAUGGUCAAGAUACACAACAGCGUGUUUGGAAUGUAGAUCCACAGUUCAGUAGAAACAAAUACAAUUGGGAUACUACUACUGAUGCACCUACUGAAGCACCUACAAUUACUGAAGUAUAAGAAGUAUCUUUUUAUAAGAAGCAGUUCUACGCUUAAGAAGAACCUUAUUUCCGUAAAGUUAUCUUCAUUAUUAUAUUCCCGGGCUCUUUAUUAUGUGAUUUUUAUCAAUAAAUAAAAAAUUUGCUUGUCAAACUUUUAAGAGGUUGUUGAAUAAAAACGCAAUUUGUAAAAGUUUUUGUAUAAA